AUAGGAUAUAUUUAUACUGAAGAAAUAUAUAGGUAUAUAUGAGAAAAAUAGGCAGCAGGAAAUGGAGAACACGUGCCGAAUCGAAUAUGUUACUGUGUAGAAAGAAUGUGUCAGGGGUUGGAAAUACCAGCACAAGCUCGCAGAGUGAGUGGAAUACGAUCAAUAGCAACCUCGCAUUCUCGUAAUCGCUAUUUUCGGCACCCCGUCUUAUUUUUCAACCCUUCGGGGGCUGGAAAUGUUAACGAACAACAUUCUCGAAAAAUCUCAGUCAUCUGGAUCAUCACGAGUUAUAAUACACGUUAGAAAAUUAGGACCUGGUGUCGACGUAAAGAGUAUGAGAAACAAAAUACCGAUGCAAAAAACGAAGAGAAGAUCAAUAAAAGUAUUGAAGAUUAUGAUGAAGCGUAUGGCAUUUGGUAGAAUAAAAUCAGUGCCUAAAUUAGAAGACAAAUUGUCUUGUAAACACUCGACAUUUAAAUUACAAUAACAAUAUUAUUAAAAAAUCUAAGAAGAAAUACUUAAAAAAAACCACGUUAAUCAUUACAUAUUAUACAUAUACAUAUAUAUUUUUAUUAACCAUUAAACCUAACAAGGAAGAAACGAUAGAACAAAUUGAAAUAAAACGAUAAAAAGUCAUGAAGCUAGUGAAUUUGGGUGCUACGGCGAUAAACUACCUCCUUUUUAUGUACAAAUUGUUUAAUACCGAGUUGAUUUUAUUAUCCUCAAGAUAUAAAGUAUAAGUUAAUUUUUUUUUUUUAAUAAUUUCCUGUAUGAUUAGCCUAUCAUAGUUAAUUAUUUUAUAAGUUGUAUUAACUUAUUCUUAUCAAUUGGCCUGUCAUGGUAUAGACCUUUAAUUGCUUCUGCAUGUACAUAUAAAUGUAUAUAUGAUACAUGUACAAAUGUGUAUAUAUUAAUUAUAUUUACACUGUAAAAAAUAUGACUGAGCGAAUGGAAUUAAUUUGAAGAAAAUAAAAAGAUACCGAACCAGUAAUGAUAAUAAUUGGAUGAGUGAGUUGCUAAAAGUGUUAUUUUUACAACUGGAGAACCCACGAGUUACUGAGAUCAAAACUAGCAAGAUAAUAACAAACAUUAUUAUUAUUAUUAUUAUUACUAUUAUUAAUUAGUCAGUAACAAUGACUGAACAGUAUGAUCCUGAUUUCAUUUGGCUGGUAGUUGUUGGGUUUAUAGUAGCAUUUAUACUGGCGUUUGGCAUCGGAGCUAAUGAUGUUGCUAACAGUUUUGGAACAAGUGUCGGUGCAGGAGUGUUGACUAUUUUUCAGGCAUGCAUACUAGCUACAAUAUUCGAAAUAGCCGGAGCUGUGUUGAUCGGUUACAAGGUGUCUGAUACAAUGAGAAAAGGAAUCUUGGACGUCGGUUUGUACGAAGGAUUUGAAAAAGAAUUUAUGAUUGGUUUACUGUGUAGUCUCACUGGUUCUGGGAUUUGGUUGUUGUUUGCUACAGCAUUAAGAUUACCCAUUUCUGGUACGCAUUCGAUUGUUGGUGCGACUGUUGGUUUUUCACUUGUAUGCAGAGGUACUGCUGGCGUAAGAUGGAUGGCCUUAUUAAAUAUAGCUGGAUCAUGGUUCGCGAGUCCAAUACUCAGCGGAAUUGUAUCAGUAUUAUUAUUCUGGUUGAUAAAAAAGUCAAUAUUAAACGCUAGAAUGCCCCUUGAACGAGGUCUUCGUGUCCUGCCAAUUUUUUAUGGCCUCACACUGUCUGUUAAUAUUUUAUCUGUUAUUUUGGAUGGACCAAAACUAUUGAUGAUGGAUAACUUGCCUAAGUGGGUCAGCGGAGUAGCAGCGGUGGUAGCAGGAUUAUUAUCCGGCCUGAUAGUCCUGGUGUUUGUGGUGCCGGUUCAGCGUCGCCGGAUAAUGCUGAGCAACGCUCUGGACCCGACGAGCUUCGGGGCUUGUGACAGCAAAAAAGAAACAACGCCUUUGUCGGUGAUAACCGAGACCCCGAACACGACCAACAAGGUGGCCAAGUCUGGUGAGCAGCCAGGUCUUAGAGGAAACAACAGUGCGAGUCCUCUGUUACUGACAACCGGCGGAACUGAGAUCUGCGACGAGGGUAUCACCGAGCCGGUAGACACCCAGAAUCACACAGAAGACAAUCCUGAGGUGGCGAAAUUAUUCUCCUUCCUCCAAGUGCUCACCGCAGCUUUCGGGAGCUUCGCACACGGCGGCAACGACGUCAGCAACGCCAUCGGACCCCUGAUAGGUCUCUGGGCUGUCUACGCUGAAGGAUCUGCUAAACAAGAGACUGAGACACCCCUGCUGAUUCUUCUCUACGGAGGAGUCGGCAUUUCUGUUGGAUUGUGGAUCUGGGGUAGACGCGUCAUUCAAACUCUGGGUCAGGACCUUGCUAAAAUUACACCCACUACUGGUUUCACUAUCGAAGUCGGUGCAGCAUUGACAGUUCUUCUAGCCAGCAAAGCUGGACUGCCUGUCUCUACGACCCACUGCAAGGUCGGGUCCGUCGUCUGCGUAGGCUGGGCUUCGCGGGGCGGCGAAGGAGUUUCCUGGACACUCUUCCGAAACAUCGCUUUCGCCUGGCUGAUAACCGUCCCAGCUGCAGGAUUACUUUCAGCUGGGUGCAUGGUCGCCAUGAAACAAAUCGUAGAAAUGUGAUAAUAACUUUGAAGAAAUGGUCAUUAUUUAUUAAAUAAUUAUUUUUAUUUA